CGCAAAUGAUGAAUAAGAAUUACGUUCCAUAAAAAGGAACGUACUGUCUGCUUUGCUUUUGGUGCAUGACUUUUAGCUACAAACGAAUGUUACUUCUUCUUCUUUUACUAUAUUUUAAUUUCAAUUAUUUCUCUCAAAUGAUGUACUGCAUAACUCGACAAACUACUUAGGUUGCACAACUAGAGCAGAGUGUUUCCUAAUAGUAACAGUACUAACCUUUACUUAACUUAUUUCGUAUUAUAGCGGCAACCAGAUCUAUUCAAAUACCUUCAACCCGGGUUAAGACUGCCGUACUUCAGUAAAAGUGAUUUGUGUCUUGAUUUCAUUUUGUUUCUCGAGUCCAACUCGAACAUGAUCGGUUUUUUUAGGUAUAACUUUUUUGUUUACUUAAAGCCGGUUUUUCUAUUAGAUAGUUGCCCUGACCGCUUAAAUAAAUAGGUAUGUUACGAACCAUUCAUUGAAGUAAACAUGUUAAAAACCAGCUUUUAUUACACGUACUUAGUUUGUUUGCAGCCCUAUUACAUUAAUUUUAACAUUUUAGACUAAUCUAUCGAUAGCUCCAGCUUGAAGCUUCAACAAAUAACAUGAAAUUUAUUUUAUCUUUUGUUCCUAUUUGCUACGAAUCUGUCAGUUCAAUCUGUUCAGUCUGUGCUCAAUUGCAAAAAGAAACUUCAAAAUCUGAAAUCUAUCAUGAUACAGAAAACAUUUUUAUCUGAGGAUGUAGAUACAAAUAAUCAAAAUGAAUAUAAUAUUUAACAACAAUACCGGUCAAAUUAAGUAGGUAAGAUGAAACCAUCAUGCACCAAAGUUAAGAACCCUUGCAAAAUCUGUCUGCAGGGAGUAACUAACAAGAAUGGCUUACAAUGCCAGGGAGCUUGUAAGAAAUGGGCACAUUUCAAAUGCCUUAACUACACCCCUGGCAAGAUCUCUGACAUAAAGGCUGGCAUUAUCAAAGUAACGUGUCCGUGUCCUGACUGUGAGACAACACAGCCCAAAGAAUUCCUUACUAACCCACCUUUCACGUGUUCAAACCAUCAAUGCCCAGCAAACACGAUACCAAAGUGUCAGUCAAACGAGUGUCCCUCAAACAAACAGGUGAAUAAGCAGGUGCCGGCCGUACCGUCGCCGAGUCGAAAAGCACAAAAGCCAAUCCCUGCUGACUACCCUGGUGAGUGCCCGAAUAAAGAGUGUUCCAAUCAGGCAAUACGGUGCCCAGCUGUAGAAUGCCCAAACAGCCGCCAGGAGUCAAAGUCUAAAACGAAACCUCAUCCUCGAGUGCCACCUCCCAAACCCCCAAGCCCUCCACCACCGACCCGAAGACAAAAGUCUCCAAACAAAAACCAGAGCAAUCCAUGUCGCAACUCACCUAAAGGCAAAUGUUAUGAAGAUUCCAAAAAAAAGGCACCCGCCAAGGCUGCACCCAAGGCAGCAGCGAAAACAUGUCCAAAUGAAUGCGACCAAGACAAAAAGAAGCAAAAAAAAAAGCCGCCAUCGAGAUCCCGGUCUAGUUCAUUGGUAUCUACAGAUCCAUCCUCCAUUUGUGCGAAUCCCACGUGUUCUUCAUCGAGUCGAUCAAACAUGAGCGCCGACCCGAGAAGACGCGCGUCAAUGAUGCACGCCCUGCAAGACAUGUGUACCACUGUCGGCAAGCUGUCUGUACAACUGAAGGAUCUUAUGUGUAAAAUGAUGCAAAAUAUUUAACAAGCAUUAUACAUGUUUCAACCGGAA